AUGGUGGACACCUUCCAAUUUGAUGCAUAUGCAUCACCCGCUGAAACUACUAGCAUUCAAAAACUCAACCAGAAUGAUAAGAUAGGAUCCUUGGGGCAAGAAUCAAAACCAACAUUAUUGGCCAUGGAACCUGGACAUGGAAGCAAAAUUGAUAUUAAUAUCCUUGAUGGGGCUGAUCUUUCCAUUCCAAAAAAAGGCUUAAGUCCAUCAUCAUCAUCAUCCAAAUCAAUUACAGAACCUGGACAUGGCAGCAAAACUGAUACUGAUCAUUUGAUGGCAUAUCCUACUACCAAUCUUGGUGAACCAGAUCUUUCUCUCCCAAGCAAAAAGCUAAGCCCCUCAUCCUCAUCAUCAUCGUCUGCAUCUGAAUCUUCGCCUCAAGAUACCUUCGAGUUGGGUGCAAAUGCAGUCACUAAUUUUUCCUCAGAUGCUUUUAGUAUCUUCAAACUUGACAAGGACAAUGAGAUAGGGGCUUUGGAGCCUGAUCUUUCUAUGAACAAAAAGUUAGAGCCCUUGUUACCACUAUCGUCAUCUGACGAGCACUUAGAAACGAGUGCAAGUGCAGCCAACAAGUCUUCUUCAGGAAACACAAGCCCUCAAUUAGCUUCGGAUUAUAACAAGAAGGAUAUUCCAAAUACCUCCAAUAAACAAUCUAGCCAUGGAUUGGCAGGGGCGCCAUCACCAAUAGUAGUUUUAGGGCAUAGUAAUGAAUUGAACUUAAAAGAGAAGUCAGCCACACAAAUUCCUCCAGUGCAAGUGAUGGAUCGAAGUGGUGAUUCUGCUUCUGCUCCAUAUAGGAUUCCAUCUUAUGUCUUUGCUAGAACUAAAUCUACAGCUCCAAUGGAAUGGAGUCUCAAUUCAAAUGAAUCAUUGUUUAGCAUUCACACGGGAAACAUGAGCUUCACCAGAGAACAACUCUACUGGAUGAGUAAAUCUGGUGAGCUGGAUAAGCCUGCAGGUGAAGUAGCCAUAUCUGCUGCUCCUCAGUUGAUUGACUUGUCAAGUAACCAGCCACCUCCAACCAACAAAUCAACUGAAGUUGACCAAAAAAUAGCUACUUUGAAUGAAGGAUUUGAAGUAAAUGAAGGAAAAGCUGCGGCAACAAUGAGGGAGGUUAUAAAGGAAAAUGAAGAAGACUCUAGUAAAGAAAGUUCAUCUACUGCAGAAGGACCAUCUAAUUCAGCUAGCAUUUCAAAUGGGAGUACGAAGUCUUUUGCUUUUCCAAUAUUGACAGGGGAUGGUUCUCUGAAGUUAGGUUCAGGGAGGCAAAAGAAACAGUCAAAAUCAAAGCAACUUUCGCGGCCACAGUCUCAGCCACAAACCCCUAAAGAAUCACCAAAUGAAGCUCGAACGACCCCUAAAGCAGCCCCAUCUUUGGCUCAUGGCAAAUGGCUAUCUUGCUUCUCUUGUUGCCCAUUUUGUUCUUUAGGACAUUGA